CAAUCCCCAAAUAGCCCUGCAUAUACCAUACCAUACCAUACCUUCUUCCAUCAUACCCCCCUCCUGACACCCAUCAUCACCCUUAUACCCGUUCCUACUUUUCCCUAAUUCCUUCCCUUCUUCUUCCUUCCCCUUCCCUCGCAUCUUUCCCAAUACAGUACUAUACCGGACCGGUGCCCUUCUUUGGCAAUAAUCCUUACAUACGCAUAUACAUACUAUAACCCUCUAGUUGACUCUACAUACUCUACAUACGCACGCACGCACACACCCCUACCUGCCUACAUAACAACAUAACCAUACUAUACCCACUCACACUCACAUCGGACUCGGACUUAACCUCACAUCCCCCACGGACAUCGUCGCUCUCGGCGCAUAUCAUAUCAUAACUCCACCACCGCCGUCAAUCCUGCAUUCUCUCAUCCAGCCACCUGAUCACCGCCGUCCCAUCAAUCUCACCUACUACCACCACCACUACACCACACUACCACCCCACUCAAUCCCUUCUCCCUCAAUCGCGCCAAAAUCCCUCUAUUCAAAAAAAAUACAGCACAAACAACUCACAACUCCCAAUACACACAAAACCCUGGCACCAAGCGUGCCGUCCACCCACCCACCACCACAUCAACAUCCCGCUUAUAAAUCCACACCAAACCGCACCUAAACUCCACCACCGACCGACCGACCGACCGCCCCUCCAAACCCACGUUUUCCCUACCGCUCGCCGACCCGCUGUUAUUCUUCUCCCUGGAACGACACUAACCUAACCACCACUACACUUUCGGCGCGGCGUACUGAUUUAUCAUCCCCCCCCCGACCCCCGGCUCGCUCGAGAGGGUACAUCCGGCGGUACAUACUUUUUUAUACAAGGUGUGGUCCGGAGGUACGAGGUACCUUACUCAUCGAUAAUAAUACUGGACCUUUGGAUUCUUGUGGCUGGCUUUUUUUAUAUAGCAGUCAUACCCCCACCACUCUGAGGGGUCUUAAUACUUUCUAAUACCUUUUGGAAGUUUUGGAUAUUUGGAUUUAUCUUUUUGAAGGAAGGAUAUUAUUUUUUUGAGGAAAGGAGGUAUUUACGCGGCUUUGCAUAUAUUACGGUUUAAGAAAAGGAGCUUCGAACUGAGAAGGGGCAUAUAUUAUUGUACGGCAGGAAGGUUAUAAUAAUUCGAAACGCCACCAAAACGGAGACGGGACAAAACACAUAUUGGACAACAAGUUUGGACAUUCAAGAUAUUGGAGAAAACAAAUCACACAACGCUGAUAACUCCGAACACCAUACCGCCCCCACGAACACCCAACCAGGACAAGUCCUACACAUCAACAGUCGUGGCCGGACCAACACCACCCCAUUACGGGAAUUCCGAGGGGGAAACAGACGAGAAUAACCACUAUUCUCACAUUCCACCCAUAUAAACCACAACAACGACCUGGUCACAACCCACGUCCCACAAUCGAUUUAAAUCACACAAACAUACGCAUAAGCAUAAGCAAAAAUGCCACCACCACACCCACCAUCACUCCCCUCGCCGCCGUCGACGGAUAACGAUGUCACGCAUAAGAAAGCGGCUAAGCGGACGAAGAGCUCCAAGCCUGGACCGAGGGGGGCGAAGAGGGUGACUGCCGCUGCGGCGCCGAGUGGGAGUCGCAGUCCGGAGAUGGGAGAUGGGAGGCAUAAGCGUGUAUGGAAGGCAUGCGAGAGGUGUAGGAUGAAGAAGACGAAGUGCGACGGCGAAUCCCCCUGCAAACGCUGCCGCGACGACGGCCUCGUCUGCACAGCCGGCCACAGGAAGAAGGCGGAAUUCAAACAGCUCCCCCGCGGCUACGCAGAGGUCCUCGAAAACACCCAGUACGCCCUCAUCGCCACAGUCCACAAGCUCUACGCCAUGGUCCUCGCAGGCGAACAAUGGACCCUCGACCCCCCCGUCGUCAACGCACGCGGGCAACCCGUCAUCCACGACAUCGCCGCCAAGCUCGGGUGUAUUAGAGCUGAUCCGUCGAGUUCCACCAGCGGCGGCGCCAUCGAGUUCCCGGCUGAUGCGGCGGAGUUCGCGGCGCUGCAGAGGAGGUUGGAGAGUGAAGAGCGCGCUAGCUCCGGGGAGAUGGGCGUCCUGAGCGCGGUGACGGGGCCGGAGAGUCAGUUCGGGGAUGAUUCGUUCUGUGAGGAUUUUGAUCCGGGGUUUGAGAUGGAGGAUGAUUUCCCCGACGUUGACGGAACGGGAUACGGCGACAUGUCGCCUUUCUCUGAUGGACCGGGGGGCUUUGGGAUGGAUGGGCUGCAGAGCCUCCAACAGGGGGGGUAUGAGGAGUUCAUCCCCGCAUCCUCAUCAUCGCCCGCUCUCCCCACUGCUGCGGUGGCGGGGGGACAGAUGCAAUUACCAACACAAUUGCAGUUGACGCCGCAACAACAGCAACAACAACAAGCAGCCCUCCGAGCCCAACAGGCGCGCCAGAUGCAGAUCCUCCAACAACAACAGCAGCAGCAGCAACAACAACAGCAACAACAACAAGCUGGUCUCGAUUUCAGGGAACAACAACAACUGCCGCAAUGGACCGGGCCCGCAGCGAUGGAGGAGCAGAUGCGAGCCCUGAUGCGGAGUGGGAUGUACGCAGGCCCUGGGUCGGGGAUGGUGGGGAUGGGUGCUAUGGGGGGGGAUGGCACGAUAAGACCGAAUCUUUUGGAGUGUGGGUUUGGGGCGGGGGGGUAUUGA